AUGAGCGCAAAGAAGGCGACGAUAUACCCACAUGUUGACUUGAGCCCGUACCGCUUCCGCACGUCCUGUGUCGCUAUUGCAGGACCAUCCCCCAUAAAGCACGCUGCAAAGCUGAUCUUACCGCUUGCGAUAUCUCGACGAACCCUGGACGGUCGCAACUUCGUUUCAUCGGCCUACCGGUCGGGCUGGCACGUUACCAUGAGCGUUCAACGAGACAACUGGCAAGUGUCUACGAGACCAGAUGCGGUUGAACACAUCAUAAUUUCAGGCUUGCUGCCGAGGAAUGGACUUUGUAAGGGCAAAUUGCGCUCUUCGCACUCAGCAAUGCGGAAUGAUGAGACUCAAUGCCAGCGAACCAGCCGGUGA